UUUUAUCCCCAUAAGAGAUUUUGGGCCCCAUUCCAGCUGUGAUGUCAUCGUGUUUAUGGAGGGGUGCAUCACUACGCCGAAAUUUCAUUAUCACAGGGUUUUGGGGCUACUGUACGUCCGAAAUCCCUCCCUAAUCCCUAACUGAAGAAAAACUCUAUAGUGCAGGACUAUCAAGUGCCGUGGAUAUUAAAGGGAAUCCAGACACCAUGCUCACUGGUUUUUAGACAUUUUUUAAAACUCCAAAUUUAAUGUCUCCAAUGAAACCUAACAAAUAUGAACUUUUUUUGAUGAUGUUGCUUUCGAGAACAUUGUUUCUGCAGAGCGGCAGGAGUUAAUCAGAAAUUCAUGUGCAGGGCAGAGUUGUCAUGAAGUGAGCCUUCCCUCAUUUCCCAUCAUCCAUCUGUUUACACGUUCCCCCACAGUCUCAUAGCCAUCAUACACCAACCCUAACAUUACUAGUGCAACAAAAAUGGUGAGCUACUCAGUCGUACAGUUAAGAUUCAGAUCUCAGUUCAGAUGAGGAAAACAAAGAAAGGAAAUGGAUGUAAUUGUACAAGUGGAUGCAUCAGAAUGGAGCAGAGCAGGGAGGUUAUGGGCUGCUGAUUGUAGCUCCUACGUCAAAAAUACAAUCUAUUUCAAAAGUUAUUUUUUAUUUGCUUCUGAUUCACAAUGAUUUGAAUAAAGAAAUACUCAGAAAUGCAAUUUUAAGCUUAAUUUUCUUCAUAUCUGUCCUCCAUCAUCAGAAAAAUGUCCCAAGAUCAUGUUAAAAAACACCUGAAACCUGAUAUUGAUUGGAAUAAGUCUUUAAGCACAUUAAAUUACACCUUUGACUGCAGUUUAGAUAUAUUGAAACUGUACAUUCCAGGGCUGUUCUAUUGAAUUUUUCAACCUGCAACAUACAGCCCCCCCCCGGGGAUCAUGUGGGGAGGAGUCAGAAGUGUAAACAGUUCUAUGAGCCAUAAUCCUGAAUGCGUGUCCUCUUUCCAACGGGGGCUUUAUUUUUUUUUUCCCUCUACUCUCAUUUCUGGGCCUAAAAUCAGGUUAGCGUUUUAUAAGGAGCUUAGCGCAGAGGGCCACAGUGUGCCACUAAUGUAAUAGAGUAUCCCUCUCCCUCCUUCUCUCACACAUUCUCAUCUGUCCUCCUUUUUCUUUCUGCAUUUGCUUACCCAGUCAUUCAGUGACCUUCUCCCUCUCUUUAUUUCCCUGUGCUGUUUUUUUUCCCACCUCCCUCAGUUAUUUGCCUCUUGCUCUGCAGAUCUGGCUAGCCUGAGGUUUAAACCUGAGAGAAGGACAAACCGAAGAGAUCAGACUGAUGGAGUCUUUUUCUGGAGAUGCAGAAGAAGGUACAGAGGACCUUGCAGGGAAUAAAAAGUUCAAAAUAAGGUCUCUGAAAACGCGACUGUUCCGGAAGAGUAAGAAAUCGGGGGAAGAGAAAGCAGAGAAACUCAGCCAAUCAGCCAGUGACAUAACUUUUGCAGAGAGACUUGGAUCAGAUGAGGAUUUACUAAGCGGUCAGAGAAUAAUGGGCUCUCGAGCAUUUUCCCAUGACAGCAUCUUCCUGUCUGAGGAGGGUCUGUCAGACCCGGAACCAGCCAGGAUUUUAUCUCAAGAAAACGUUCCCGGCAAAAUCAAAGCUCUUCAGAUGAAGCUUCAGCUGCAGAAAAUGCAUUUUGGGCCCCCCCCUAUGGUUUUACCCGUCAGAAGUCCAGACUCAGAAGACAAGUGUGGACAUUCGGAGGAUCUCUUUUUUCAAAGCUCACGUGACACCUCAGGAGAAACGGUCUCAUCCCAGGGGACCCUCAACAAGACUCAGCUGGUUUAUCCGCCUCUCUGUCCUAUUUCCAAACCUCCACCAACUAAAACUUUGUCCCCGACUUUUUCCAAUCCUUGGUCUUAUUCUGCCACCAAAAAUUCCCCUACAUCUACCAUCGAGCCUCUGUUAGAUUUUGGCACUCCGCCCAGAGCCCUUUCACGCUUAGAUAGCUCUGCGGCACGCCACAGAAUGUCCGUGAAGCCCAGAAACCAGAGAGCCAGCACCAAGAAGAAGAUCUCCUCUGUGUCUCAGUCUGUGUCCUUUCCACAAAACAACAAGGAGGAGUCAGAGAAGGAGCACGAGCAGAAGAGUGGUGUGAAGGAGGAAAUGACAGAGAAGUCAGAAGAAGAGGUUCCACAGCAACUUCAAUUGAAGUCUGAGGAGUCUCCACCCAUCACUUCAGACCCGCCACUCAAAUUAUCCGAUCCAAACCUCCCACAACACAACCAUGCUCCUCCUGAGGAUGUGCUCCUAAGGGUUCUCCAAGUUAAUCCUGACAUGGAUGCCGUAGAGGCUUUUUCCAAUGAACCUUCUUCCUUCUUAGAGUCAGAACUUAAAAACAAAAGAGAAACAGAUUUGGGAAAACAAGUAAUUUUUCAUGAAAAGACAAAAACGGGAAUGGCUGAGGUUCUGUCAGACCAGAUAUCAAGUAACCUCAGCUCACCGGUGCCCACCAAGUCUGGCUGUGCUCCCUUUGAGGGCCAGAGCUUCAGAGGGAUAACAAGGCCUUCUCCAGGAUCUGGAUCUUUCCAUUUCUCCAGUGUCAAAAGCGGUGAUGAUGAUAGACCCCGUUCAAGCAGUUUUGUGCUGAAGCAGGCGGAAGCUUUACUCAAGAGGGAGGAGAAAAUCGUGAGGGACAAAGAAGAUCUUAAAGGCUUCCAGCUCAAAGGCAGCCCCUUUGCCCUGGGACGCUUUAAACAAGAGGGAGCAUCUAUCAAAGUCUCAGGAGCUCCGUGGGAUAAGAAAGACAGUGCCAAAACUGAAGAACCAGCAUCACCAACCAAAACCGUACUUGUGGAAACCGUUGCUGCGGAAACGGAGGAGGCGGACGACAGCCCGGGGCAGUUAGAGGAGGCGGAGGAAGUCACAGAGGCCCGGGAGGAGGAAAAAAAGACAGCAUUCGGUAUUAAACUGCGGGCCACUUCUCAGUCGAUCAAAUUCCGAUCGGAAGCAGCUACUAACCGCCUUUCAAAGACAGUCAUGCAAGAGGAGCUCAGCGAGAAGCCAAAAAAAACGGAAGUAGGUGAAAAAUCCAGUGGAAUGUCGGAAAAGUUGCCUACAAGCACCAGCUCCACCCUUAGACCAACAGAUCCGGCUCCAGCUGGUGUCUCCUUUCAGAUAAAGCACAACAUCCCCCCGACUGACAAUCUCGACUCCCCCAACACAGUCCAAACAUCCUCCUCCAGCGUCAAAGAAACAGAGCCACAGCCCGGCCCCCAAACGUCCUCAUCCGAGGUGUCCUGGAUGAGUCUGGCAAUGGAAAAGACCAGGACUCUCCAGCAGCUUUUCACAAGCAGACUUUCCAGAGAUUCAGGAGCCCGAACACAACCACAAUCUACGGUUCAAACAGAGGCCACAUCUGGGAUGCAAACACACAAGGAGACGACGAGUGGUCAACAAAAUCCAACUGUGCCAUCAGCUACAAAUCCAACGAUUGCAGAUAAAAAAGCUGUUGGAGAGCCUUCCUCCGGCACGUUCCUCAGAGACGUUCAAAGCACAGCUCGGCCGCAGGGACAGUCUGUGGAUCAAAGUGAGACGAAAAUUGUCCUACAAUCUCAAAAUGAGACAGUAACGUGUCAGCAGCAUCUGGCGCAAACUCCAAACCAACCUUUGUCAGAUGCAGCAUGGGAAGAAUCCGUUCAAACUCUAGAGACGUCUCUGAAACCAUCGAUAGUGGUAAAAAGGCAGAAGAUGACGUCUCCUGCUCUGUCGCACAUCUCCAGAGAGUCAUAUUCCUUUAAACAAACCAAAGAAGAUCAGUCACAGCUAAACCCAAGCCUACACACCUCACAGUCUGUUUCUCCUUCAGCACUGCAAACCAACCCAUGGAUGAGCCUGUCCCCCUUGCGCUCUGCAUCACAAACAGUCAGCUCAUCUCAUUCUGCACAGGUGAACGCCCCAGAGCCGCUUGCACAGGCGUCAGUCCAGCACCAGCAGGCACCCUGGAGCAAUCCACCCGCCGGCCAGCUCAAGUCAACAACUGCAGCUCAGACACCGACUCCUGCAGGUCCUCCUGCAGACUCUGCCUCUGAGAGUGGGGAGAAAGAACCCCCCACGCAGAAGGACGUGCCAUCCCUCUCAGUGAGGCGAGCAGUGUGGACAGGUUCAGCCAGCGACAGGGCCGUGUUUCUUGAAAAACGCACAGCGUGGACCACUACACCUGUGAUCAAAGGGGUGGAAUUAAGGAAACCUCAAACAGAAGUGCAGACAGCCAGCGAACCCCCAUCUCCAGCAAAAGUGACACCUCCAAGCAAAGACACGACUGCCGACGGAAAGCAGUGGGUAAAGCCUGCCUCAGAGUCAAGCCCCACCAAAGUACCAGAAAAGCCUCGCGAUGAAAAAUGGCUAAGGAGAAACCUGGGCUCGUCUCCAUCACCGUCAUCGUCACCUACGCAGCCGUCAGUGCUGCAGUCCAUGUCUGACAGCGGGCAGCCAUCCUGGAUGGAGCUGGCGAAGAGAAAGUCCAUGGCGUGGAGUGAUAAGACCAUGGACUAAUGAGGAGAUAAUCAAUGCAGGAAGUUGUAAAAAAUUAGAAUUGCUGAGAUUUCACAGAGAUGCUGAUUUAACUCUUCAGUCAGUUUUGAGUGUGAGGUGGUUUUAAUUGUAAAAUGUUGAUUGUUCUGUAAGCAUACUGAAGGUUAAUGCCAAUCCCAUUUCAAUGUGUCUGUUUAUGAAUUACAUACGAAUCCUUCAGCAUUUCACAGCUUUGUAAAUUUCAAUAAAUUUCUUAUACAGAUGGC